CAAGAGGUUUUUCUUGAUUUUUCAUCUUUUCGCGAAGCGGCGAACACGAGUCGCAAAGCGGCAAGAAAGAAAAACCCUAAGCGUUUGACAGCUGGCGUCUGCAUGAAAGUGAGAUUCAAGUCCAAAGUUACCAGAGGGUUUUCUUCCUCGCCGCUUCGCGACUCGUGUGUUCACCGCUUCGCAGGUCUCUCGCAGCUCUCUCAUGCGGAGAAAACUCACGAAAAACCUCUGGGACCAGGGUAGCUCUCGAAUAAUUAAUUUAUUUUUGUCAAUCUACAUUUUUUUCGUUUUCUUUCUCUUUUUUCUCAGUAUCACAGGAGGAUAUGUGCCUCGCACUGCGAAGAUUUAAUCGACCGUUUAAUACUUGUGCCUGACAACAUCUUGCGUGAUACUUGCAGAGACGUUUGGGAAUCAGACAACACUGAUUGCUUUAUCAGCAACUUCGGCAAACAACACGUGAUCAAAUUGCGUGAAUACUUCAGAAUCAAACCUCUGUGUUCUACUUAACAUAUCAAACUAAAGAUGGCCUUGGAUGUACAAGGACUGCGCCUUACAGAUGAUCACACUUUGGAAAGUGCCUCUGAAGUGAUGUCACAGUUACAGUUUGAUCGACGGUUACCGAAUUCGGCAUACGUACAAGCACUGUUGCGAGACCUUGGAUUCCGGAGUCAACAAGAUGGCGUAGAACACACACAGUUUGUUUUCCAAGGCCAGUGUUUGGUACUGGGAGAUGCCAGAGUUGGUAAAACAAGCUUAAAGAAGUCGCUUAUGGGAAUACCGUUUGAUGCAGACGAACCAGGGACAAAAGGUGUCGAAAUGAGUGUAGUUGACCGGAAGUGGAGAAACCUGCGUGCCCUCGCAAGCCUCAAGUUUGGAAGCUUCGCUCGAUUCCGGAAAUCUGCUCUCUAUCAGGGUGUAAUGUAUGGGCCUGCUGGAAUCGAAUUCAAAAUCGGUGAAGAAGUGACAUCAGCGAUGUCUGCAAUAGCUUACUUAUUGUUCAUGUUUUUGCGAAUAUGCUGGGUUCUUUCAACCCUAUGGUUAUGGGCUUUUGCCCCAGUGUCUGUUAGUUUUUUUGCAUUUUCAGUUGCCGCAUUUUGUUUUGAAGUGUUACUGCAGCAGCUUCUUCCAUCUGAAUAUCCACUAUUUUUUAAACUCGUUCAAUUGUUUGCCAGUCUUUCUCGAUUUUUUACAGGAUUAGGAACUGCGCACAUAUUGGCGGGGUAUUUCAGGAGAAUCAAGUGUCAAAAUGUAGAUUUUUCGUUUGGCGAUAGCAUGCAUAAGGAUGGCCAGUUCAUGUGGGUAGUUCACCUGUUAAUUGUCGCGAUGCUGGUCAACGGUAUCUCUUGUGAAUUCAUUUUUCUACAAUUUAAAUAUUUCCGUAAUGCCAUUACCAAUACCUGGGGAGGAGUUGAAUCAGCUGUCCCGGGUCAGUUGAGAUUACGUAGCCCAUUACCUCUUGCACCCGAAUUAUGUUUCCUAAUGAUACCAGUAAUGGGUGGCUUUAGUUUUGGUUGUGCUAUUGAGUUAUCAGUUAACAUGACAGCCCUCGAUUAUUGUAACAUUCUUCAUUUUGGAAUGAUUCCUAUAUUUUGUUUACUAACAUUUAGACUUGUAAAAAUGUUAUUUGCCUGGGCAAACGUACAAACGCUUAUCUUAGUUUUAUACAUAAUUACGCCGAGCAUAAGCGAACAUGGACGUCUAACUUCAUUUUGUUCUUUAACAACAUAUGUGCUGUUUUUUGCUGGAUGGGCAUUUCAUAGUUUCUAUAAAGACUGGGACGAUAUGUUUUUUCUUUUUCAUGAACCAUUUACAAAUGUUAGGGAAACACAAGCUAGUUUUACUUUCAUUUUUAUUGAGAAGGCAAUGUUAAAUUUCCAAAAGUUGAGAAAGGCUCUUCAAGAAAUGUUUUCAAGUCUUAAAGUGAAAAUACUCGAUUUCUCAGGAGAUGAAGAGUACUAUGCUUACCAUCAUAUUUUCCUGAGAGACCAGGCUAUCUACCUUGUUGUGUUUAACAUGGCAAACUUUGCUGAUGACAAUUUUGGAAAUGUAACAGCAAAAAUCCAAAGACUUUGCUUCUGGUUGGAAUCAAUCUGUAGCAAGGCAGCACCAAAAUCACCAAUUUUCCUUGUCGGGACACAUAGGGGACACAUGGAAAAUACCUGUUUGAAGAGGAUUGAUAAAUAUCUACGCCAGAAUCUUUUGGAUUGUUUUGAUGAUGAGCUAGUGAGAAAUGAGGAAGACAAGCUUCUGUAUUUUCCCAUUGAGAACAGUCGUGGGAAAAAUGACAGUGGUGUUCAAAAUCUUCAAAGAAAAAUAAUGUCCACAGCUGAAGAACACAAGACUACCAUGGGCCGUGAAAUUCCAUUUUCAUGGAUUAAAAUCCAAGAUGCAAUCAUUAAUCUGAGGGAAAAGAAGGAUGCCAAGUUCUGUGUGACCCUGAAGCAGUUCCCAAUAUCUGUUGGCAGCUUCAUUUGUAGCAACUGGUCUGGGGAAACUUUGAAAUACUUUCAUGAGAAAGGACUUGUAAUUUAUGUUGAUUAUGGACAGGAUUCAAAACUGUCAAACUGGAUUCUACUGAAACCAGAAAUACUAAUUGAUAUCAUCAUUCAACUGGUCACUCCAAUGUCAGACGAUGAAGAAACAUCAUGGCAUGGCUUCAGGCGUGAUUUCAAAUUGCUCCACAACAAAGGAAUGCUCACAGAAUCUCUCCUUAUAAAAAUUCUCUCUAGAUGGCAAGAGAAUGAAGAAGGGAUUAAGAAACUCCUUGAGGAAUAUGACAUCAUUUGCCCAUUAUUCAACAAUGCAGAAAAUAAGGAAGAAACAGGAGUCACACACUUUGUCCCUUCACUGCUGCCAAUGUCAGUGAAUGGGAACACACCAGUCUGGUAUGAUGAUCCAACAGAUAGGAGGUUCUUUGUGUUCUUCAAGAGAUUUCUUCCAGAAGCACUUUUCCCUCAUCUCCUGUCACGUGCCCACAGGCUCAGCACGGAAGAAUUCCCUCAGGGACAGCCAGUUAUAUACAGAGAUGUUGGUAGGUUUUGGUUUAGACCCACCCAGUCGUAUAGGCUGUUGGUUCUUAAGAAGGAGAACAUGAUUGAAGUGACAUUUAGCUGCAGAGAGGGACAAGGAAUGAAGCCAUCAGACGUGCUGAGCCUUGUGUUUGGUAUGGUGAAAGGCAUAUGCCAGAGGCACUUUCCCUUUGUCACUUUCCAUUGUGGUCCAGCCUGCCCCUCAGACAAGUGCCCUGGGUACCAAGGUGAUUAUAUAUCACACCCAGGUGUCCAGCAGCCAAGCUCACGGCUGCAUGUGUUCAAUGUGGUACAGGUACCAGCACGUCAGAAAGGAAGAAUUUCUUCAUUUUACUGUGUCAACCAAAAUUUUGCAGAUGAAUUUAAGGAGUGGUUUUUUGAGUAAAUACCAAUACAGUAUGGUACAAAUUGUAUUUUUUAUCAAGUCUUUUCACUUAGCUACCAAUGAAGUUUAUAUCAUAGAUGUACUAGAUAAUUAUUUUCUUAAUUACAGACCCCCUAAACAGUACAUGGCAAUCGUCUAAUCCAGUUACAGUACUGGGUACACAGAACAUGUAAAACAUUACAGCCAUAAAAGUAUAAUUGUUGUGUCAAUGCUAAAAGAAGUUAUGGGUAAAUUUCAUUUACCAAGAAUGGUUCAUGGUGUUUCAGCUUAAAAAAAUAAUGAAUGCCUGAAAAAUAAUGAAUACCUCUAUAUGUGAUUUCUCCAGUUCUACAGGUGUAAUCUUUCUGCUGAAACACUGUGAGCUUCGAUCAAAAAUAACAUUAAACCCAUAAUACCUUUUGGCAGUGUCAUGCACACUUAGAACUACUGUACAUGUACACUUCUACAGGACAACCUUUCUUGAAACAGCUGUUAACAUGUAAAAAUGAAGACACUUUUUUGAGGUUUAACACAAGAAACAUUCCAAGAGUAAUUUGCUCACUAUCUUUUGGUUUUCAAUGUUAGUAACUGUCAAAUGACGCUAAUUACAUAUACAUGUAUACUGAUACUGUACCUUCUUUUCUCUUGCAUCAAAAGUUGCUUUUGUUUUUCAAAUAAUCCCAUUUUGCACUGGGCAAAUUCAGCCUGUUUUCAAGAAAGAAUAGAACAUGUACAUGUAUGAAAUACAUUGUGUUAUAUUUCAGUUUUGUAAACUGACAGAGGGACCUUACAGUAAGAACACACAUUUUUGAGUCACGGACAGAAAUCAGAAAAGGAUGAUCUUGUUUCAGAACACUUUCACCCCCAGCAGUGAUUGGGAUAGUGCUUUUUUAUGAUAACAUACACUACAAACGAAUGGUUUUCAUCCAUGACAAGUACAGUACAUUGUAAAGGUAGACCAAAAUUUUUUGGUAUGGAUUUAGAAUUUAUAAUUGGAAUGUAUUGUUAGAAAGGUCAAUAAAAAAUUGUGUAGAGCA